GGCUGACAGCUGAAGCCACAGGGCCCGGCCGCCCGCGGCGUUGCAGAGCGAGAUCCCGGGGCACUCCAGAGACUGAGAGCAGCCAGCCCUCUCAGGCCGCGGUCUCCAGGGAUCGCGCGGGUUCCGAGAAGGCAGCUGCGCUGUGGCGCGCUUAGCAGGGAGGCCACCCGGAGAGCGAGCGGGCGAGACGAGAAGCCGCGAAACCCAACCCCUGUGGCUGCAGUUCCACCCCGCAGCCGCCCUAUGAGAGGGCUGGAGCCGCGGGGCCUCACCCCCACCCGGACACUGCAGUGGCCCGAGGCAACUCUGGGGUCAGGAGAGUUCCUCCUCCUCCAAGCGAAGCGGCAGGACGCUGGCGGGGCUUAGGGGGUUCCAGGGGGCCAGGGUGGGCCAGGGAAUUGACGCGAGACCAGGUGAGCAGGCCCUGGAGGAGGACCACAGGCUCAUUACCAUACAGCUGAGGACUCCUCCUCGGCUACCUCGGGGACCACGCCCCGCCUCCCCACCUCGGGGACCGCGAGUCUGGGCGCUGGCACGAGCCGAGCCAGGCAGGGGUCUGGCCGGGAGGAGCAGGCACGCGCUGGGGCCGCCCGCCGCGAGGGGGAGACGCCCACCAGGUGCGGGCGGCGGGUCUCGCGUCUGGCGCGCUGCGUCCCGGCUCCCCGCUCGGAGGACCGCGUAGAGGUUAACGCGCCUUUCGCUGCUUCCCGGCUGCGCUGGGGACGCGGGGUGGGUGGGCGAGCCUAGGUCGGAGGUGGACGAGGCGAGGGCUUCCGAAGCCCCGGGAAGGAGAAGCAGUAGACCGGCGUUCCCUGGCGCUAGUUUUCGCUUUCGGCAUAUAAAUUGUUUUUACCUGCUGGAGGACGGCAGGUGACCGCACCCGCCACGGUUGCGCCGCCCACGGGGACUCCCUGGUGUCUCCGCCCCCAGGACCACCAGGGGGCCGCCCGCUCCCCUCCCUCCCAUCUCCCGGCGGUCUCCCCUCCGCCCUGUCCUCGGGCAGCUGGGGUCUCAGCCCUUAAACAGGCAGUCACAGUGGACUGGUCACUUCGGCCCACGUAGAACUGAGGGUUCGAGGGCUGGAAGAGGAGCAGAGGGGCGGGAUCUGCGUCCGACUGGCUAGCAGGGAGGGGGCGGCGGCCCCCUCCGGUCAGCGCUGGGACUGUGGCAGUUAGAGGCUGGGAGGGGAGGGGAGAUUGACCGAGUCUGAGUGACAGGCGGCGAUAAGAGGAGCCAAUAUAUAUAAGGACGGCUCCGGAGCCUGCAGGUUUCAGUAGCGGCGCUGCGCGCAGCCCAGAAACACGAGGCUGAGAGCCCGCUCGAGCGCUUCGGUGCCGCGCACCCGCCGGCGCGCCGUCCAGGAUUAGCCCGAGGACUGGUCUUCAGCGUGGCCGCCGCCCAGUGGCCCUCACCUGGAUUACCUACGAGACUGCUGCCGCGAACUAGCGUGGAGGCGACCGAGGAGGAGGGUUUCAAGAGCUGCUGGCUUUUCAGUGACCCCACUAGCGGGCGGACGCGCGGGAAAGCAGCAUCCCUAACAGAACCAGAUUCGGGGCCCGCAGGUGGAGAGCGCCACGCCGGGGGAAUGGCGGCCGCGGCCCGGAGCAGCUCGGGCUGGACGCUACUGCUGCUGGUGGCACUUUGGCAGCAGCGCGCAGCCGGCUCCGGCGUCUUCCAGCUGCAGCUGCAGGAGUUCGCCAACGAGCGCGGCGUUCUGGCCAGUGGGAGGCCGUGCGAGCUCGGCUGCCGGACUUUCUUCCGAGUCUGCCUAAAGCACUUCCAGAAAGUCGUUUCGUCCGGGCCCUGUACCUUCGGCAGCGUCUCCACGCCGGUAUUGGGCACCAACUCCUUCGCCAUCGGGGACGACAGUAGCGGCGGGGGCCGAAACCCUCUCCAACUGCCCUUCAACUUCACCUGGCCGGGUACCUUCUCUCUCAUCAUAGAAGCUUGGCACGCGCCCGGAGACGACCUGCGGCCAGAGGCCUUGCCACCGGAUGCCCUCAUCAGCAAGAUCACCAUCCAAGGCUCCCUACCUGUGGGUCAGAACUGGUUACCAGAGGAGCAAACCAGCACACUCACGAGGCUGCGCUACUCUUACCGGGUCAUCUGUAGUGAUAACUACUAUGGGGACAGCUGCUCGCGCCUCUGCAAGAAGCGCAAUGACCACUUCGGCCACUACGUGUGCCAGCCAGAUGGCAGCCUGUCCUGCCUACCCGGUUGGACUGGGGAGUACUGCGAACAGCCUAUCUGUCUUUCUGGCUGUCAUGAGCAGAAUGGCUACUGCAGCAAGCCAGCAGAGUGCCUCUGCCGCCCAGGUUGGCAGGGCCGCCUGUGCAAUGAAUGUAUCCCUCACAACGGCUGUCGCCACGGUACCUGCAGCACCCCCUGGCAGUGUACUUGCAAUGAGGGCUGGGGAGGCCUGUUCUGUGAUCAAGAUCUCAACUACUGCACCCAUCACACCCCGUGCAAGAAUGGGGCCACGUGCUCCAACAGUGGGCAGCGGAGCUACACCUGUACCUGUCGACCAGGCUACACGGGCAUCGACUGUGAGCUGGAACUCAGCAAGUGUGACAGCAACCCAUGCCGCAAUGGGGGCAGCUGUAAGGACCAGGAGGAUGGCUACCACUGCCUGUGUCCCCCGGGUUACUAUGGCCUGCACUGCGAGCAUAGCACACUGACCUGUGCUGACUCUCCCUGCUUCAAUGGGGGCUCCUGCCGGGAACGAAACCAGGGGGCCAGCUAUGCCUGUGAAUGCCCACCCAACUUCACCGGCUCCAACUGUGAGAAGAAAGUGGACAGGUGCACCAACAAUCCCUGUGCUAAUGGGGGCCAGUGUCUGAACAGAGGUCCAAGCCGCACGUGCCGCUGCCGUCCUGGGUUCACAGGCACCCUCUGUGAACUGCACAUCAGCGACUGCACCCGAAAUCCUUGUGCUCACGGGGGCACUUGCCAUGACCUGGAGAAUGGGAUCGUGUGCACCUGCCCUGUGGGCUUCUCGGGCAUGCGUUGUGAGGUGCGGAUGUCCAGUGACGCCUGUGCCUCUGGGCCCUGCUUCAAUGGCGCCACCUGCUACACUGGCCUCUCCCCGGACAACUUCGUGUGCAACUGCCCCUAUGGCUUUGUGGGCAGCCGCUGCGAGUUCCCUGUGGGCCUGCCGCCCAGCUUCCCCUGGGUGGCUGUGUCCCUGGGCGUGGGGCUGGUGGUGGUGCUGGUGCUGCUGGGCAUGGUGGCAGUGGCUGUGCGCCAGCUGCGGCUUCGGCGGCCAGACGAUGGCAGAAGGGAGGCCAUGAACAACUUGUCGGACUUCCAGAAGGACAACCUAAUCCCUGCUGCCCAGCUCAAGAACACAAAUCAGAAGAAGGAGCUAGAGGUGGACUGUGGUCUGGACAAGUCCAACUGUGGCAAGCAGCAGAACCACACAUUGGACUAUAAUCUGACUCCAGGCCCCCUGGGGCAAGGGACCCUGCUCGGGAAAUAUCCCCACACUGACAAGAGCUUAGGGGAGAAGGUACCACUGCGGUUACACAGUGAAAAGCCGGAGUGUCGAAUAUCAGCGAUAUGCUCCCCUAGGGAGUCCAUGUACCAGUCUGUGUGUUUGAUAUCAGAAGAGAGAAACGAAUGUGUCAUUGCCACGGAGGUAUAAGGCACAAGCCUGCCCAGAACACCCCAGAUUUGGCCCAGUGGCUGGACCUUUCCUUCUGCACUGUUUACAUUGCAUCCUGGAUGGGACGUCUCUAUGUACUGUGCUGCUCUCAGGAGGAGGAGGCGAUGGCAGGAACUGGAUGGACUGUGAAUUCGCCAAGACACGCACCACCUGGUGCACCUCGGGGUGUCUGUUGGCAUCACAUAGCAGCUGCACCAGCCAGAGAGGAACAGCGGAGAGGAGCGGUGCCACUUGGAUCUGUCCUGUCAGCAGUGGCCUUUGGAGGCACCUUCUGGGGCCCUGGCCUGUUUUCCAGGGAGAGUGGCACUGGCCACAUGAGGCUUGGAGCCACUGUGGUCUCCGCUGGCCUCUGUGUUCUGAAAGUGCCUUUGUCCCAGGCGCCAUAGCGACAACUGGGCCCAAAUCAGAAAGAAGAAGAGGCCAGUAAGGGCAGGGCCUCCUGUGGGCAGGAAAGCCCCUGGGUGCGGCUCUUGGCAGGAUUGCCCUGCAGGUAAGGCGGUCACUCCAGGGGCAAGGAGUGCUUUUGGCCUUUGUCCCCAACUACUGUGCGAGAGCCUUGCUCAGAAGGCUGCCAGCCUCUCCCUGGCCCGCACAUUCAGGGCAAGCGUCGCUAAAGCUUACCGGGCUCCCACAACCCUCUGGCCCUGGGUGCGCUGGACUCCCAUGCACAAAUGGGUGGAGGGCCUGCCCCUUUCCAGCCAUGGGUGCCAGGUUAACUGAGGAGCUCAGGGCAGUUGCAUUGGAAAUUCCAGUGAGGGAGAAAGCAGGUCUGGUGCCACCGGGCCCUUCCCUCCCUCAAACCCAGUCCUACAACCUCUAGCCUGGGCUCUGCCCAGGCCCACUACUGCCCCUAGAAGCCCAUUUUUCAGAAAUCAAUAAUAUGAGUUUUUAUUUUGUUUGUUUUUUUUUAGUUUAUUUUGGAAUCUAGUAUUUCAAUAAUUUAAGAAUCAGAAGCACUGGCCUUUCUACAUUUUAUAACAUUAUUUUGUAUAUAAUGUGUAUUUAUAAUAUGGAACAGAUAUGUACAGGAGUUUAUUA